GGUGCCGGAUGGUCUCGCCCGCCCCUCCCCCAGUGCCGGGCUGCGCUAGCCGCCGCUGCCGGCGCGAGUGAGUGGCCUCGGCGGGAAGCGCCGGACGAGCCCACUGCGCGGCCGUCGUGGGGGAAGUGAGGCUUCCCAAUUCCACCUCCCUCUUAAGGUUUCCGCCCCUGGAGAGGAGGAGGCGCCCUGGAUCUGCCUUCGUUCUCAGCGGGAGUGAGAGCGUCCGGACCGUCCAUUGUUGCUCCAAGGGGUAGGAGUGGGCGUGGUGGAGCCACCUCCUGCGGGAGCACUCCCAGGUCGACCCCACUCGCUCAUCCGUAGGAGCUACGUCCUCGAGAUGAGCGGCGAGGAGAAUCCAGCCAGCAAACCCACGCCGGUGCAGGACGUGCAUGGCGACGGGCGCUGGAUGUCCCUGCACCAUCGGUUCGUGGCGGACAGCAAAGACAAGGAGCCCGAAGUCGUCUUCAUCGGGGACUCCUUGGUCCAGCUAAUGCAUCAGUGCGAGAUCUGGCGGGAGCUCUUCUCUCCUUUGCAUGCACUUAACUUUGGCAUUGGUGGUGACAGCACACAGCAUGUACUGUGGCGUCUGGAGAAUGGGGAACUGGAACACAUUCGGCCCAAGAUUGUAGUGGUCUGGGUGGGCACCAACAACCACGGGCACACAGCAGAGCAGGUGACUGGCGGCAUCAAGGCCAUUGUGCAACUGGUGAACCAGCGGCAGCCCCAGGCCCGGGUCGUGGUGCUGGGCCUGCUUCCAAGGGGCCAGCACCCCAACCCACUUCGAGAGAAGAAUCAACAAGUGAACGAGCUGGUACGGGCAGCAUUGGCUGGCCACCCACGGGCCCACUUCUUGGAUGCUGACCCUGGCUUUGUGCACUCUGACGGCACCAUAAGCCAUCAUGACAUGUAUGAUUAUCUCCAUCUGAGCCGCCUGGGCUACACACCUGUCUGCCGGGCCCUGCACUCCCUGCUCUUGCGCCUUUUGGCCCAAGACCAGGGUCAGGUAGUCCCUCUGCUGGAACCCACACCCUAGGCAUCUCGCCUUCCCAUAUUAAAUUCUCCUUCCUUAGA